CAUUUGGAAUUUUCGAUUUUAAAUCGAAACACUUCUCAUUUAGCUGAUUUAGCGCGAACUCUCCAAGAUCGUUUUGAUCGAAACUUUCAGUCUGGUCAGUUGUUUGUCCCAACGUGUGAGCUUCAAAUCGGAUUUGAGUUGGUACAAUUUUUGUGUGUAAAGUUUCGUGAAUGCAAGCCGCAGUGUGUUCAUCAUUGCUGUAGAAUUGUGAUUGUUGUUUCCGUGGGACUGCGCUUUCGAUAAAAACCCUUUAAUGAGGUGCCUUGGCAACGACUACGAUUCCGCUGUUUUUGCCAAUAAAGGGUAAGCUGCACGCAGAUCCUUUGCUUCCAGUUAUGGAGUCCUUGGAGGUAUGUUACGUCAGAAAUCGCAGAAAAGAUAAGAGGGAAGAACACGAAAAUGAAAGCAAACUGAACGAACGAAACGAACAGAAGAGUGACCGUCACAGUCAAAGCAAAUUCAUUCAGUGAAAACAGUUCUUCCCGAUGAAGCGGAAAGAGGCGAUGAUACGAUGGGCAGUGGAGAUCAGGAAGUGGACCAGAUCAUUGAUGAAUCCACAAAUAACGGGGACGAACGACAUGAACACGACAAUGGCCGACUGGUGCGCAAUCAGACCAGUUCGCCCAGUGGACGCUCGGAGUCGGUAGGAUCGGCCCGCAGUGAAAAUGACUCACGCCGUCGUGUGGAUGUUGACAUUAAGAAAGGAAAUCCCAGAGAGGAGAGCCCGAAGCGCAGACGCCGUAAGGAUAGUCCUGUACGAAAGAGUCGUAGUCACACACCUUCCCCUUCGCCGCGCAAAGGAAAGCGCACUAGAUCGGAUGAUAGUCCGCGUCGUUCGCGUAGUGGAAGUCGUCAUCGAGAUCGCGAUCGUAAUGGCCGCUCGGAGAAGCGUCGGCGUAGCCGAAGCCCGCGCCGACGGAGUCCUGUGCGUCGUAGCCGCAGCCCUCCGCCGCGCCCGCGAUAUGGGCGGUAUUCCGAAAGGGAUAACCCGAAGCCAAGUAAAUGCAUUGGCGUUUUCGGUUUGAGUACCCGCACUCGGGAAAAGGAUUUGCGAGAUGAAUUCGACAAAUACGGGCUUUUGGAUAACGUCCAGUUGAUUCACGAUCAUAAGACUGGUCGUUCAAGAGGGUUUGGUUUUGUAUAUUUCGCGCACUUGGAAGAUGCGAAAGCUGCUCGUGAUGGGGCCAACGGAAUGGUUUUGGAUGAUCGUCGUAUUCGAGUGGACUUCAGCCUUACCCAGCGAAAUCGUUCGCCGCCACCUCGGUCUCCUCGGCGUUCUAGGUCUCGGAGCCGAUCGCCUCGUCGUCGCCGAUCCCGAUCAUAAAUUACCUAACUUCACAUUGUUUUUUGUUGGGAAGUCGUUAAACUUCGUUAAAAGCAACAGAAGUGAAAGUGGACGAGAUCAUUCGGAUUUUACUACACUUGACACUUGAUUGAAUUUUUGUUGAGUAUUUUAUUUAGUAACGCUUCCUGUGGACUUGCAAGAAAUAUCGUGGAAUUCCGUUGUUGAACUGGCUUAGUGAUUGGUAUUUGUUGAAUUAAGAACAAGCACAUCUUCCUGUCUUUAACAUUAGGUUUGGCUUUUGUCAGUUACUGUUGUGGUUCUAUAUAAAUGUUCACUCAGGGA